AUGGUUGAUAGUGGGUGUAGCAUACUAAUUCGUAAUUUAAAUUACGAUACUAGCCCAGAUAAAGUAAGAAAGAUAUUUGAAAAUGUUGGGAAAGUUAAAGAUGUAUAUUUACCUUUAGACCAUUAUACAAGGAAACCACGUGGGUUUGGUUUUGUAGAAUAUUUCGAAUCUAAGUAUGCAAAAGAGGCUAUAAAUAUUUUAAAUCACUCAAGAAUUGAUGGUAAUGAAAUAAGAAUAAUUAUUGCUCAGAAUAGGCGGAAAUCACCUGAUACGAUGAAAUUUUAUCAUAAUGAAUAUCUUUAUAAUUAUAGACAAAAAGAUAAUAGGAAAUAUAAUAAUUGUAAAAAUAACAAAAGGAAAUACAGUAAAUACUAUAGAGCUGAUGAACUAGAUAGAAGUAGAUAUAAAAGAAGAAGUACAAGCUCUUCUUUACAUAAAUAUAAAAAAAGAAAAAAAAAAAAAAAUUAUAGUAAAUAUUCAACAAGUACCGGUAGCCAUAGUUUCACGCCCUUGUCUACCUAUUCUUCUACUACAUCAUCUAUAUAUAAAAGAAGUGAUGAUAGUGAAUACUAUACAAAAAGAAGAAGAAAAAAAAAACAAAAAAAAACGAUUAAAGAAAAAAGGAUAAAAAAGAAAAGGUCUAUUACUUAUACUAAUAGUUACAGUAGUCAUAGGGAAGAUAAAAAAGAACAACAUGAAAAUAAACAAGAAAAUUAUAAUAAACAUGUAAAUACUAAUAAACAUAGAGAUCAAAAUUAUGAGAAAGAUGAUAUUAUUGAUAAACAGAAUAUUUCCCAUAAACAGGUAAAAAAUAAAGACCAUGAAGAUAAUAAAAAAAAAAGAGAAAAACCUUAUAAUUCUCCUGACAUACAUUCAGAUAAUAGCACAUCACAAAGGAGUUCUAAUAAAUAUAUUAAUAAUAAAUUAGAGAGCAUGGAAAAUAAAACUAAAAGAAGCAAAAAUUUUAAAAAUAAUAAUAAAAAGGAUAAUAGAAAUAGUAAUAAUAGUAAUAAUAGUAAUAAAUGUCAUAGUUAUAGUAAUAAUAGUAAUAAAUGUAAUAGUAAUAGUUAUAGUAAUAAUAAUAAUAAUAAUGAUGAAUCAAACAGAAAAUCCUUAAGCUGUGAUACGUGUUCAGUCCAAAACGUAUCUAUUCGUAAAAAUGAAGAAAAUACAAAAUAUACACACUCGCAUGAUAUCAUGACACCCAAGUCGAAAUGUACAGAUAAUCAAAAAGAAGAGGUAGAGAAAAAAUGUCGAGAUAUAUAUAAAGAUGUAGAAAAUACACAUGAAGGACUUAUUAAUUCAAACAUGUAUAAUAAUUUAAACAAAAAUAUAUAUAGCAAAAAUAUGUUUGAAGAUCAAACAUGUAAGGCAAAUUUUGAUGAUAUUAUAACGGAUACAAAAGAAAAGAUAACUGAAUAUAAUCAUAAACAUAAUAUAAAUUAUAAUAAUAAAUUAACAGACGAUGAACAUAUAAAGGAAAAGAAAAAUGCACUUAUCGAAAAGUCUGUUCAAUCGUAUGAUAAUGAUGAAAUAUCUAAUGAGUCUCAAAAGAAUGCAGAAAAUGUUUUUUUUGUAAAAGCACAAAAUGUAAAAAAUAAUAAAAAAAAAAAUAAUUUAGAAAAUUUAAUAGAGGACAAAAAAAGUGAUUAUAUUUAUAAUGAGCUUAUAGAUAUAGAUAGUAAAAAAGAAAAUUACAACUCUCCAUCUCUCACAUCUUCAUACACGUCUAAAUCUAUAUCAUUAUCCAAGUCAUCAUCUCAUUCCAUUUCUAAUAAUAGGAAUGAGAAAAACAAAAUUCAUAGAGAUUAUGUACAUUCUUAUCAUAUGAAAAAACAGAAAAAGAGAAUUAAAGAAAAUUCAACGAGAAGCAAAUCACACUCUGAAAAUGUUUAUUAUAGUAGUGAUGAUUCUCAAAGCGAAAAGAGAAAUAUAAGUGUUGACGUUUUUAGAAGUAAUCCAAAGGAAAAUAAAGAAAAGAACAAAACAUUUAAAUAUAAAGAUAAAAAUAAAACAAAUAUUAUUUCUUCUUCUUAUAGAAGAAGUAAAAGUAGUAGUAUGAAAGAUUCAAGAAUUUUUAAAAGUUACAUACAUGAUACAAAUGACAAUGCAGGUUUCAAAGAAUUUAAAAAGAAAGUAGGUAGAGAUAAAACAAAAGAAAAAAAUAUAAAAGAUAAAAGAAAUGACAAAGACAAAAAUAGUUCCUAUGGUAGUCCUUAUUAUAGUCCUAGAGAUAUGUUAUCACAUAAUUCCUUUGAGAAAAAUAAUUUAAUUCAAAAAAAAAAUGAAGAUAAUAUAUCACAAGGAAAAAGUCCCUAUCAAAGUUCAAAAGCAAGCUAUUAUAUAAAUAAAGAAAGAAGCAUAUAUAAACAUUCAAAUGAAAAGUAUUCAAAAAGACAAAAAAAUAAAAGCAGAAGGACCCCGUCAAAAUAUUCUAACACAUCUUCUUAUGAUAAUAAAAAAAUAAACAAACACAACUAUAACAAAAAAAAAAAAAAAAAAAAAUAUUAUUAUUCUAGAAAUAACGAAUUAUCAAGAAAUUCUUAUACAAGUUCGACAUAUAGUAAAAAAAGAAGAGUUUCGACCGAUACAUCAACUAACACUAAAGAUAGUUAUUCUAGUUCUUCAUAUACAAAUAAAAAAAAAAAUAAAAACAAAUAUUAUAGUAAACAAUAUUAUGGUCAACAUAAAUAUAAAGGAUAUAGAAAAGAAGCCAAGCAUUCAAAUUCUAGGUAUGAAUAG